CCGGCCAGUCGCGCGCUUCCGCGGCCGCAACCACGCGCCGACCCGCUCCCGGCCUCGCCGCGACCGCCACUACACCCGGCUUCACAGAACACCAUUAAACUAAGAACAAUAAACCUUCUCCAUGAUCUUUCAAAAGCUGCUACCGUGAUUUUAUUACCAAUUAAAAGCAUUGCUUUGCAUGGUUAUGCGGGAAGGUGAUUCUACGAACUGGACCACGCCGCAGCAUCCCCUUGUUCAGCGUCGUAAACUUAUCGACGUUGCUAGGUUAUGAGAGCAAGGUUUAUCUGAAUCUUUUACUAAAAUGUACGAUAUGUCAAUUCAAGAAAUAAACGGUAAGGGCCCUAAGAAGAGAAAAAAGUCGUUAGAACGACAUAGCGAUGAUCUGGAGAAGGAUCGGUCAAACCUAAACAUCAAAGACUUUCAUGAGAAUGAUGAUAAAAGGAAUGAAACUAAAGAAAGGGACACUGGAACCAGCUGCGGUGUAGAGUUAUUGCACUGGCGGGACAUGCCGCAACACCUUCAGUUCAACCCGUAUGUUCUUACUGGCUAUCGACCACUACAAGGCUGGACAGACUGCAUUCGAAGCCUCUUCUAUUUCCACAACGAGACUAUCAACAUACUUACUCAUGGGAUAUCUUUGCUGUACAUCCUGGCAGUUCUUCCAUGGUUGCUGCCUUGGGGUGGAGGCGGUGCGUGGUUCCUAUCUCUCUGCCAUCUUCUCGGGGCUCUAGCGCCUUGGUGCGGCUCCUUCUUGUACCAUCUGUUUAUGAACCACGCUCGAGGAGAGAGCCUUUACCAUCGCCUACUACAACUCGAUAUGUUGGGUAUUUGGGUCAGCCAGAGCAUAGGAGCCAUACCAAUGGUCACUGCAACUGUUUAUUGUGCACCAACGCUACUGCGAUAUGCCGCUCUUGCUGUAUACAGUCUAGGAUGUCUUCUCGGUCUAUAUAAGGCGAUGAGAGCGUGGUCUCCGUGGGAACGGCGAUUAUGCUUCGCGGCGCCAUUCUGCAUGCGGUUACUACUGGCGGGGGCCCGGGCUGCGAGACUUGGAGGAGGGAACCCUCAUGCUAUACUGCAUGUAUUUUUGCAAGAUGCGGUGUCUCUGGGUGGUGGGGUAAUCGGCGCGCUUCAUAUCCCGGAGAAGUGGUUCCCGGGCUCAGUAGACCGAUGCCUCAACUCGCACAACAUCAUGCACGUACUCGUAGUGCUAGCGGUCUACUCCAUGCACCAGGUAACUACACUGGACUUAGCCUGGAUGUCUCGCGUGGAUUGCGCCGUCCCCGUUCGCCAUCUUUGACGCACGUGUUGCCGGCAAACAUUUCCUGAAAGAAACCUUUCAACAUUAUUUUUACAUAUGAUCAAUCGCUAUUGGAUCACAUAUAGUGUUUAACAUCAAAGCAACGAUAUAAGCUAUAGCAUCAAUUUGAAUUUUUAAAUCGAUUACAUACAUUUUCAUUCACAUGAUAAGACACGUGAUAGGUUUAUUUGUGGAAAUUUCUACCCACUGUAACAUUUUGAUUAGGUUUAGAAGUCUGUUCACUGAUCCCUAUUUAAUUUAACAUUGCCCCAAAUCCCCACCCUACCUUACUCUACCUUACCCUACGUGUCGUGUUCGGUAUAUUUUGGAAACGGCUGAAUGAACUUAGAUGUUUUCGUUUUUCCUUACACUUAUAUUCUUUAAAGCAAAACUAAAAUAACAAAGCAACUUACUUCAGCUAACUUUCGUAUGUGACCUUCGAUAAUCGAAGUGUGUGGCAAAAAUCCAAAAGACAAAACCGAUUACGAUAGAAGCUCCGAAAGUUCAACUAUUUCAAACUUUGUACUAGAGAGUAAGUAGUAACCAUUUUACAUGCGCUGGUGAUGCAAUAACAAUAUACGUAUAUUAAACAUAUCUGAAGUAAAAAAAACAGUAUUUUCGAACUUGGUUCCAUAAAUUUAUUUAUUUUAUUUUUUAUUUUAUAAUUAACAAUUAUAAUUUAAAUUUGACUAAGACUCCCAAUUUUUAGUUCUAUAAUGUUGUCAAUUUUCAUGAAUGUACAAUCUAUCCGUGUCUACAAGCCAUACUUUAGGACAUAGCACAUGCUUGCUUAGUUUUCCAUUCGAGUUUUUCGAUUUAACAAUAUUUAACUGAUUGAGAUUUUCAAGUUUGUGAAAUAUUGCGCCCACUAAUUUAACAGUAAAAUUAAUGCACGACAUAAAUACCAGAUUAUCCACAAGCUCUCACAGCAGUUGUAAUUAAAUAUAAACACAAAUUGACAAUACCACGGCCUACAAAGAAAAAUAUAAUAGUUUAAUAGGUUUUUUCAUCACCAAUCGAAUUGAUUGUUUAGCUUAAUGACAGGUAAUGACGCCAUUCUUACAAUAAUUAGUCAUUAAAAUUAGAUAGAAUUGUUUCCUUGCAUAUAAUAGUAUCGACAAUUAGUAAGAUAAGGUCUCGAAUCGUAUGUAACGUUCGACAAGUUAAGUUGUAGAUUCUUCUUAGCUACUUAAAAUUUACUGAUAGCAAAUUGUCUUCCGGGCGGAAGUAAAAUCAACGAUUAGGGAUUUAGCACGUGUUAAAUGAAGAUUCAAUAAAGACAGUGCACGAAUUAAUUGUAACAUUUUUGCACUCACUCACUUCUUAUAUUCUUGUAAUUUGACGGGUAAAAGAUUUAUCGCGAUGUAAUUAAUAUGCGGAAUAUUAUGUAUGACAUUACUUCCAUCAUAAUAAUGCAACAUGGAGGAUUUUAAUAGAUAUGAUAGAUCAGUGGUUUCCAUGGGCAAUCUAAAAAAUAAGGUUAAUAUUACAUGUUACAUAUUUGCUCAUUCUUUUAUCCUAAUAAUUAUAAUUAUGAAUUGUUAUGUCAAUAUCAAUGUAACAGGAUGAAAUUGAAAUGUUAUUAGCAUAUUAUAGGUCGUCUAUAGAAAACCGCCGAAGGGAAUUAACUCAAGAGCGAAAGUAAAAUUUCGUACUGUGAUAUUAAUCCGGUUGUUCAUCAUGCAGUACCGGUACACGGGAAGCAGUGUAACUCAACCGCAUCGUCCUCUUAAUUAGUUUCUGAAUACUACUCUCGGACUUUCUGCCCCUCGUUUUUCUAAUAAUUUAGUUGGCACUGUACGCCCAUAAAGUGGCCACUACCACUGCAACUGCUUCGGACAUGAAACAUUCAUGCGUUUCGAAGAGUAGCAUAACUGUAUUAUUAUAUUACCAAUUGAGGUUCACCUCAAAAUAUUGGCGGCGGCAUUUCUUUUUAUUAUUUCUAUGGUAUGGUAUUCCUCAUCACCAGCUGGACAGGGUCUCUAGACUAUAGGUCUACGACUAGGUCUUUAGUCUCCAAACCAUGUACCAAGAGCAAUCUAUAAACAAACCACGUGGGUUAUAUGAUUGAUAAUUGUUAAGAUCACUUUAUCAAAGAUGUUGAAAUAUCCAAAUGGGCGCUACGUAUGAUAGAAUCUCAACACACUGUAAAAUAACAAUUAAAAAACAAUGCAAUUACUUUAUAACAAUUGCAUAGGUUGCGCCAUUUGUCCUAUACCAACUACCUUUGGCGACUUUCUAUACACAUACUUGAUAAAUUGUUCCUAUAUAGUGAUUUUAACCCAUUCACUUACGGUAACGAGUGAUUAGAAAAGUGAACUAAUUAACUUGACAUUCAUUUUGUGUUUAUUAUUUAGGACUGAAAGUUUAAGUGAAAUCAGUCACUUCCAAGUUCAUAGUACAAAUUAUUUUCGUCUUUGUUUUAUUAAUAAUUAUUACAAUUAUAAUGCAACAAGUAAUUAUUAGGUAUGUUUCAUUUUGUACAUAUUACUUAUUUUAAGAUAAUAAUCACAUUUCUUGUAAUUUUUAAUGAAAUUUUGAUCUCAUGUAAGUAAGAUCAGCGUACGAAACUUAAGAAUAGAAAGUAUGUUACAAAAGCGUUUAAGCUUAACUUACUUGAUUUUAAUCAGCUUUAAAAUUCAAUCGACACUUUUGAUGAUGACUUACAAAUCGGUGUAAUACUUGAUGUUGGCUUUGACUAUUUCUUCGUCGGUACACCGAGUAAGCGUUAUUCGUCGUAGGCAUCAAAGGCGAAGGAAUAAAUUUAAUUAAAAAUGUAGGUACUUAUAGUCCAUAAGAAUGUUCAAAAGUAAUUAAAACGAAGUAGUAUUUUGUCAUGUACAUGAUUUUUCCAUAGAUACAGACGAAGAUUGUUACGGAAAAUAAUAGAAAAUAUUUUUCUUACGAUUUAUUUAAUUCCUUCAACGAUUUUGAUACCUACAUUGAGUUUGAAGUAUUUGUCGAGCGUAGUAAAUGUAAUUGGAUUUAAAUUUCGUAAUCCGAGCCAGUUAAAGUUUUUUCUGGACCUGUAUAGAAAACUGGUACACUGGCGGUAUAUAGAAAAGCUUUCACAAAAUUUUCCUUCAUAAACCAAAUCAGGCAUACACACUACACAACCCGUGAAAUGUAUACAUAAAAAUAAGAAUAUGCUUUUAUGUAAAAUGACAAAUAGCAUUCCUAAAGGGCUCCUUUAAGAAAGUCUUGUUAAAUUUAAUCCUUAGAUAUAAUCGUAGAGUCACUAGUUAGAAACAUUCAAAGCAAUAAUAGAUGACAAUGAAAAAUCUUGAAGAAAUUUGACAAAAGUAGGGCUCACAUUAUGAAAUAUUUAAAACAAAGUAUUUUGAACCCUCAAUUGUUAAAUUUUUAUAUCACGUCUUUUCGAUGGCUUUAAAUUAAAUCUACUUUUGUCAAAGUUCUACUGUUAUUUAUAAAGUAGAAUUAGAUAAUACCAAGUGUACUUGAAGUUUAAUACUAGUUAAGAAUUCGCACGAUAUUGUUUAAGCGGAGCGAUGGUGUUUGAAAUAUCCUUCAGUAUUGAAUAAAUAACCUACAACUUUGGUAAAAUCUAAUAAAAUUGUUUUGUCAAAAACAAUGCACAUUGUUAUUGUAACAGAAAAAGUAUAUAAAAAUAAAGUGUUCGAUAAUCAAAUGCUAUAGUUUUAAAAUGUGCUUAAGCAGGCACUCGGUGCGGAAUUUUUUAAAUGUUGAAAGGAGAAAAAAGAAAAUCAAUGAAAAAAAAAGUUUUGAAUGAUAAAAUUCUAAAAGAAAAUGAAUGAAAAAUCGUCGGCUUUUCUUUUGAAUCAAAUGCUUCAUUAACAAUUCUCGUGACAGCUCAACAACCAAAGAAAGAAUAUUUCAUCAUUCACCCUGACCAUGCUCGUGCAAGUAGCACGGUGAGGGUGAA